GGGAAAAAAAGGAAAAGAAAAGAAAAUGGAGAGUUGGGGACGGAAGGCCUGCAACGGGCGUCCCAGCCGCCCGCAAGAAAGAAAGAUCCCAUUAUUACUCUCCAAGUCAUUCCCCAGUCAAUUAGAUGCCCUCGCCCUAGGGAGAGUCGGAGAGAGAAAGAGACACUGUUCCCUACUGCUUUACUCCCUCUACGCGCCCACUCUCUCCCUCUCCCACACACGCACUGAAAUGGCGGUAGGCCGAUCCACUUCCUCGUCGGACGACGUCGUCGUCAAGUCUCCCAAUGACAGGCGACUGUAUAGGUACAUUCAGCUCGAGAAUGGCCUAUCUGCUCUGCUUGUUCACGAUCCCGAGAUUUACCCAGAUGGUCCUCCCGAACUGCUCGACAAUAGCGACGUAGAAGCGCAAGAUGAAGUAGACAAUGAUGGCGAAGAAGAAGGCGAAGACAGCGAAGAAGACGAGGACAAUGACGACGACGACGACGACGACGACGAUGAUGAAGAAGAAGAAACCAAGGACGAUGAUAACAAGAGCGAUGCCUCUCAGACUAAGAAGGCAGCAGCAGCAAUGUGUGUAGGAAUGGGCAGCUUCUCUGAUCCUUAUGAGGCACAGGGUCUUGCACAUUUUCUAGAGCACAUGCUUUUCAUGGGAAGCACUGGUUAUCCAGAUGAAAAUGAGUAUGACAGUUACUUGUCCAAACAUGGAGGGUCAUCAAAUGCAUUUACAGAAACUGAACAUACCUGCUAUCAUUUUGAAGUUAAGCCGGAGUUUCUUAAGGGUGCCUUGAGAAGAUUUUCUCAGUUCUUCAUUUCACCUUUGGUGAAAACUGAAGCCAUGGAGCGAGAGGUACUGGCUGUAGAUUCAGAAUUUAAUCAGGUUUUGCAAAGUGAUGCUUGCCGCCUUCAACAACUUCAGUGCCAUACAUCUGCACCUGGACAUCCUUUGAACAGAUUUUUUUGGGGAAAUAAGAAGAGCCUAGUUGAUGCUAUGGAGAAAGGGAUUAAUCUGCGAGAGCAAAUUUUGAAAUUGUACAAAGACAACUACCAUGGUGGGCUGAUGAAGCUAGUUGUCAUUGGUGGAGAGACGCUAGAUGCACUUGAGAAUUGGGUUCUGGAAUUGUUUAGUAAUGUCAAAAAAGGUCCUCAGGUAAAGUCGGUGGCUGGGAUGGAAGCUCCUAUCUGGCAAGCUGGUAAACUUUACAGGUUGCGGGCUGUUAAAGAUGUUCAUGUCCUUGAUUUAUCAUGGACAUUGCCAUGUCUUCAUAAAGACUAUCUGAGGAAAUCUGAAGAUUACUUAUCCCAUCUCAUUGGACACGAGGGCAAAGGAAGUUUACUUUUCUUUCUCAAAGCCAGAGGAUGGGCAACUUCUUUAUCUGCUGGCGUUGGGGAUGAAGGAAUGCAUAGAUCUUCUAUAGCUUUUAUCUUUGGCAUUUCUAUACACCUCACCGACUCUGGAUUGGAGAAGAUUUUUGAGAUUAUUGGCUUUGUUUAUCAAUACCUGAAGUUAUUGCGUCAAGUUUCUCCCCAAGAAUGGAUAUUUAAGGAACUUCAAGAUAUUGGGAAUAUGGAAUUCAGAUUUGCAGAGGAGCAACCUCAGGAUGAUUAUGCUGCUGAACUUGCAGAGAAUUUGCUUGUUUAUCCGGCUGAACAUGUUAUUUAUGGAGAAUAUGCAUACAAGGUGUGGGAUGAAGAAAUGAUAAAAUAUAUUUUGGGUUUCCUUACACCAGAAAAUAUGAGAAUUGAUGCAGUGUCGAAGUCCUUCAAUGAGUCAAAAGAUUUCAAACACGAGCCAUGGUUUGGAUCACAUUAUACAGAGGAAGAUAUUUCUCCUUCUGUACUAGAAUUGUGGAGGGAUCCUCCAGAAAUUGAUGUUUCCUUUCAUUUGCCUUCAAAGAAUGAGUUCAUUCCGUGCGAUUUUUCUAUCCGUGCAAAUUAUGCGUCCAGUGAUCUUCCAGAUAUAUUUUCUCCCAGUUGUAUACUUGAUGAACCAUUGAUGAAGUUUUGGUACAAGCUUGACAGGACUUUCAAAGUUCCUCGUGCAAAUGCAUAUUUCCGCAUCACUUUGAAGGGGUCUUACAGUGAUGCAAGGAGUUGUCUUUUGACUGAACUAUUUAUUAGCCUUCUUAAAGAUGAAUUAAACGAGAUUGUAUAUCAGGCUAGUGUGGCCAAGUUGGAAACUUCUUUGUCUCUUUAUAGUGACAAGUUCGAGCUGAAGGUCUACGGUUUUAAUGAUAAGCUUCCUGUUCUCUUGUCUAAAGUUUUGGCAAAAUCUAAAUCUUUUUCGCCAACUGAUGAUCGUUUUAAGGUCAUUAAAGAGGAUUUGGAGAGAGCCUUGAGAAACACAAACAUGAAGCCUUUAAAUCAUUCAUCUUACUUGAGAGUACAAGUUCUGUGUGAGCGUUUCUGGGAUGCAGAUGAGAAGUUAAGAUUGCUGGGUGGUUUGUCUCUCCCUGAUUUGAAUGCUUUCAUACCACAGCUUCUUUCCCAGCUUUAUAUUGAGGGUCUUUGCCAUGGCAAUUUAUUGGAAGAAGAAGCAAUGAAUAUAUCAAAUAUAUUUAGAAGUUACUUUUCUGUGCAACCACUCCCAAUUGAAAUGAGGCAUGAGGAGCAUAUUUUAUGUCUUCCUUCUGGUGCUAACCUUGUAAGAGAUGUCAGUGUGAAGAAUAAGUCAGAGACGAACUCUGUGGUUGAGCUGUACUUCCAAAUUGAGCAAGAACUUGGAGAGGAAUCGAUAAAAUUGAAAGCGUUAGUUGAUCUUUUUGAUGAAAUUGUGGAAGAACCACUUUUCAAUCAGCUAAGGACAAAGGAGCAGCUUGGUUAUGUUGUUGAGUGCAGCCCAAGAGUGACAUACCGUGUAUUUGGGUUUUGUUUCCGUGUUCAAUCUUCUAAGUACAACCCAGUCUACCUGCAGGGGAGAAUAGACAAUUUUAUUGAUGGUCUGGAGGAACUCUUGGAUGGGCUUGACAGCGAAUCAUUUGAGAAUUACAGAACAGGCUUAACUGCAAAGCUGCUGGAGAAGGAUCCAUCCCUCAAUUAUGAGACCAAUCGAUUUUGGGGUCAAAUAGUGGAUAGAAGGUAUAUUUUUGACCUCUCAAAAAGGGAAGCAGAAGAACUAAAAAGCAUUCAAAAGAGCGAUGUUAUAGACUGGUACAAGACAUAUUUGAGACAUCCAUCUCCAAAAUGUCGGAGACUUACAGUUCGAGUCUGGGGUUGCAACUCUGACCUGCAGGAGGCUGAAAUAGAAUUGAAGUCUGUUCAAGUCAUUACUGAUCUUGCAGCCUUCAAAGCAUCAUCGAAGUUCUACCCAAUCAUUUGUUGAACUCCAUUAUUGAAUAUACAGAACCGUCAAUACCACCAAAGGCUCAAUUUUGGUGCAAGGUGGCAGGUUAGGAUUAUAUUGGUCAACCUGGAUAGGAAAGAAAUGUGAAAAUAUAUUGGAAUUAUAUGUACAUUCUUGAAACAAUUCAUUUGAUAUUCAAUAUCAGUAUAUUGAUAAUAAAUUUACCAUAACUCUGUUGAUGAGUUAUCCAAA